AUAAAAGGGAUGAAAGUGUGUACAAUGAAAGAAGAGGGAUGAAAAUACACAUUCUUCUCCUGUAAACUUAAACCCCUUUCUUUGACACCCGAAGACAACUUGACGCCAGAAACAUCGAGAAGAAAGCACCCAGCUAUACUGAUCAGACUCUCUUUCUCUCUCUCGCCAAGCCAUGGCUAGGGUUCCAAGCAAGCACGAUCGAGAUAAUCCCCUGGAUUUCGAGGGAUUUUUGAAUAACUUGCAGGAUUGGGAACUUUCACUCAAGGAUAAAGACAAGAAGCUGAAAUCACAAUCUGAUGUGGAAAAGAUGGAACCUUUAAAUCUGAAAAAUGCUUUUGGUAAUUCAUCCAAUCUUGGAACUAAUGGAAGAUCACGUGAAUCAAAAGAGCCUGGAAGUGGAAGUUUAAAGAAGAUUGGAGUGGACAAAAGACAAACGGGUAAAUCAACAUCUGUGAAUAAUCCAAGUACUACAAGAGGAGAAGAUUACCUUAAAAAAUAUAAAGAUGUUAGCAGUAUAUCAAGUGGCUUUAUAAAAGAUGACAGUUCCAUAGAUGCUAAUUCAGAGAAAGAAUUGGGUAAUGAGUAUUUCAAGCAAAGAAAAUAUAAAGAAGCAAUAGACUGCUAUUCUAGAAGUCUUGCAUUAUCACCAACUGCAGUAGCUUAUGCAAACAGAGCAAUGGCUUACAUUAAACUCAAAAGAUUCCAGGAAGCUGAGGUGGAUUGUACAGAAGCCUUAAAUCUAGAUGAUCGGUAUAUUAAAGCUUAUUCAAGGCGUUCAACUGCUAGAAAAGAACUUGGUAAAUAUAAAGAUUCAAAAGAAGAUGCAGAUUUUGCUUUGAGAUUGGAGCCAAAUAAUCAAGAGAUUAAAAAGCAGUAUGCAGAUGCAAAAUCUUUGUAUGAUAAGGAGCUUCUUAAGAAGGUAUCUGCAACAGUGAAAGCAUCAACAGAAGGGUUGCAAAAAGACGAAAAGUCAAACAAUGGUCAACAAUAUACCCCGAAAAUUUCUGAAACAACAAGAGUAUCUUCAACUAAAACAGAGAACAUUGAGAUAAACCAUAAUAUUGGGAAGAAAAUUAUAAAAGAAUCAGUGCAACAGCUUGCUGCUAGAGCAGCUUCUCUUGCCACGACUGAAGCUGCAAAGACCAUUUUGCCCCCGACUUCCGCCUAUCAGUUUGAGGUUUCAUGGCGGGGAUUCUCUGGUGAUCGUGCCCAUCAGUUUCGCCUCUUACAGGCCACAGAUCCUGUUGCAUUACCGAUGAUAUUUAAAAAUGCCAUGUCAGCGCCACUCUUAAUUGAUAUCAUUCGGUGCAUUGCCACCUUUUUCAGUGAUGAAGUUGAUCUAGCUAUCAAAUAUUUAGAAAAUCUGCCAAAGGUCCCGAGAUUUAAUAUGAUCAUCAUGUGUCUUUCACCGGCAGACAAAUCUGAUCUUGAAAGAAUUUGGGAUGAAGUAUUUUGUAACAAGGAAGUUGUACUUGAGAUCCUUCAACAGCUACGCCCGAGAUACUGUCAUCAUCAAAGGUGCUCCCUUGCCCCAUAUCAACUUGUUAAUUUCGAUCAUUUGCUUUUUGUUCUAUCUAUUUUGAUCGUAUUGUAUUUCUGUUUUUUCGUUCAAUUAACCUACGCUUCCUUAAUCUACCUUUGCAUUCCUCCCGCCUCUUGUUCUAACAGAUAUUGUUGGUUAUAUAAAAAAUGGCUGGAGCUCCACCUGGGACUGCAAAAAUGAUAAUCAAGGAAAUAGGUAUUGGCAUGGUGUUGGGUUACAUUUGUGGUGCUGCAUGGAAAUACACGUACCAUAAGGACCUGACCAGAAGGACCAAAUCCUUCUACCACAUGCUUGAUAAAGGUGAGAUCUCAGUGGUCGUUUCAGAAGACUAACUACUCCAUUAUUCUAUCCGCAUAUAGCAUUCUAAAUGCUGACUUCUAAUAAGCAAUAUUUUUGUUGGUUUGAGUCGUUUAGACACUUUUCCUGAAUUGAAAAUUGUAAAUAAUAAAAGCACAGCCUUCGUAUUGGUUGCUUACAUGAGAUGAGUUCUUGACAGAUCUGAUCAUCUACUUUGGUUCUUUUUCUUGUCAUUUUUUUAAAGUAAAAAGGG